AUGAAGUGGGCGCCUCGUCGAUCCAGCGAUCAGCUCCAGCAGCAGCCGCCGGGGUGCAAAUGGGGCCACACCUGCAAUGCGGUCAGGAAUCUCAUCUACAUUUUCGGUGGCUACGGCCGGGACGAGUGCCAGACCAACGAUGUUCACGUCUUCGACAUUGGGACGUACACCUGGAGCAAGCCUGUGAUGAAAGGAACGCACCCUUCUCCUCGGGACAGCCACAGCUCCACGGCCGUCGGGUCUAAGCUCUAUGUGUUUGGCGGUACUGAUGGAACCAGCCCGCUCGACGAUCUCUUUGUUUUGGAUACUGCUACCAACACCUGGGGGAAACCCGACGUUUUUGGUGAUGUUCCUGCUCCGAGAGAAGGACAUAGCGCGUCUCUCAUCGGUGACAACCUGUUCGUGUUUGGGGGAUGUGGGAAAUCCAGCGAUCCCUCAGAGGAGGAGUACUACAACGACCUUCAUGUUUUGAACACAAAAACAAUGGCAUGGCGGGAGGUAAAGACGACUGGUGCUGAGCUGAUGCCAAGAGCCGGGCACACAACAAUCAGCCAUGGAAAGUAUCUCGUCGUGUUUGGAGGAUUCUCCGACGAUCGCAAGCUAUUCAAUGACGUCCACACUCUCGACUUAACGACUGGUGUUUGGGCGACUUCGAAUCCCUCUGGCCCCGGGCCUUCUCCACGUUUCUCCCUUGCAGGAGAUUCCGUGGACGCAGAGCGAGGCAUAUUAUUCUUCUAUGGGGGAUGUAACGAAGAGCUUGAAGCUCUGGAUGACAUGUAUUUCCUCGACACAGGUUGGCUUCUUCUUUUAUUGACAUUGCUGUUCUUCACAAUAUGGUUGCCGUUUUUCUGUGAAGAGAUGCUGAGGGAGAAAGAUCCAUCAGAGCCAAAGCUAUCCAUGCGUAAGGAACUUAAGAGAAGGCGGCAAGAGUAUCGUGCCACGCCAUUCGUGCUAGACAAGCAACGGGAUGCGGACAAGAGCUUGGUUUCAUCUCACGGAGGUAUCUGCGGAAAACCUUGGACCUCUCCAAUUUUUCCCUGUCAAACUCAUGCUACAGAGUUUCAAGCUCACGUCCAGCCGCUAGGCGAGAAGAUGUUCGAGGCUAGAGUAAGCGACGUAUUCAACUACGGAUACACGCUAGAAGCCUCCAUCGAUGGGAAGCUCUUCCGUGGGCUGCUCUUCUCGUACAAGCCUGGCUUUGCUCAGGCAGUGCAAUCUUACAUGGCGAGGUUUGUUUCGUUUGAACCUCAAUUACUCUCUAACGCGAGGAAGGAAAACAUCACAGGAGGAAACCACAGGACGUCCAAAAGGCCGUAG